AAAAACUUUGUUAUAAGGGCGAGGCUUAUUUUGUUCGGUUCCUGCCCUUGAUUCGGCUCUCUGAGUCCUCGUAGCGAGCAGUACGGAGCGCUACAGCUGUCAGUUUCGUUUGCUUUUCGUCUGUGGCUCAGUGUUUUGAAGUUUGAGCUGCCCGGGUGUCUCCACACGGACAUAGAGCGGGGCACACUGACAGCUCAUGCCCGGCUCCGCGCCUCUGUGCCCGGCUUCACUCACGGCUCACGCAGGCGGUCCUCGGGCAGGCGCUGGCGUAUCCCUCCGCGGAGCCUGACUUGCACUCGCUCGCUCGGGUCAUUCCAGGUUAAAGCGCUGUCGGUGCUGCCCGUGUCCCGCGCACUUAAGCUACGGAGAGAGAGCAACACCGUCAGCUCAAGAGGAAUGCACCGUCACCCGGCAGACUGCAUGUAACACUCGGACUGUCCUCCGGCAUAGGUGGUGGAGGUUUGUGAGUAGGAGGGGGCCGUAUCAUGGUACACCUAACAAGAUCCAGACACUGACUCCGCAGGACAGCAGUACAGAAGGCUAACCGUGCACAGGACUGAGGAGGCCCAGGGGACCUAACACAGGCGUUCAUCACCUCCACUCGCCCGCUGAAUCGGAUGUAGCUGAAUAACCCAAAGCAACAGCGUCGUGCCGGAGCGAACGAUAGAGUAAGGACCCUGUCAACGGUCUCAUGUCUGGGACUUCAUCGGCUCUCCAGUCCCUCGGCUCCCUCGGCUCCCUCGGUUCCCUCGGGCUCUGACAGCUCCACACAGUAAGCCGACAUCAUUAGCCGUGCCACCAGAAACACAGUGUUUAUCUGCUCCAUCUCCAAAGGUGUUGCUGUGUUAGCCGCGCUGCCCUCCGUCACUUCGGCAGUCUUCUCUGGUUGUGUCUGAUGUCUGAGGAGGCUCUGAGGAUGACGGCUUGGCCCUGAACCCACCAGUAUGUCAGAGCCAGCAGAAAAUUGCUCCCCCCGCUGGAAAGAUGAUGCCAAUGGGUACAUACCAAGUUACCUAGACAAGGAUGAGUUAUGUGUUGUGUGCGGGGACAAAGCCACAGGAUACCACUACCGCUGUAUCACGUGUGAGGGGUGCAAGGGUUUCUUCAGGCGCACCAUUCAAAAGAACCUCAACCCAACCUACGCCUGUAAGUUUGAGGGCAAAUGUGCCAUCGACAAAGUGACCCGCAACCAGUGCCAGGAAUGUCGCUUCAAGAAGUGCAUCGCGGUGGGGAUGGCCACAGACUUGGUGCUGGACGACAGCAAGAGGCUGGCCAAGAGGAAGCUGAUCGAGGAGAACCGGGUUAAGAGGAAAAAAGAGGAGCUUCAGAAGACGGUGUUUGACCGACUGGAGCCCACUCAGGAGGAGUGGGAGCUCAUCCGCAUGGUCACCGAGGCCCACAUGGCCACCAACGCACAAGGCAACCACUGGAAACAGAAACGCAAGUUCCUGGUCGAGGAAGCUAUGCUUCUAAAUGAAAUAACAUGUAAUUUAUUCUAUACUCCUGACCAGAGUGCAGCAGGGGUGAAGGAAGACAAGCCUGACGAUAUUGGUCAUGCGUCGAUGGUAAAUCCUCCUGAGGGAAACAAAGUGGACAUAGAAGCCUUCAGUCAGUUUACAAAAAUAAUCACCCCUGCCAUAACCCGAGUGGUAGACUUUGCCAAAAAACUGCCUAUGUUCUGUGAGCUGCCUUGUGAAGACCAGAUCAUCCUGUUGAAAGGAUGCUGCAUGGAGAUCAUGUCUCUGCGUGCGGCCGUGCGGUACGACCCGGAGAGUGAGACGCUGACUCUGAACGGAGAGAUGGCAGUGACACGAGGCCAGCUGAAGAAUGGUGGGCUGGGCGUGGUGUCAGACGCCAUCUUUGACCUGGGCGUGUCCCUCUCCUCCUUCAACCUGGACGACUCAGAGGUGGCUCUGCUGCAGGCCGUCAUCCUCCUCUCGUCGGACCGACCAGGCCUGAGCAGCAUUGACCGGAUUGAGCGCUGUCAGGAGGAGUUCCUUCUGGCCUUCGAACAUUACAUCAACUACCGCAAACAUAAACUGGCCCACUUCUGGCCCAAGCUGCUAAUGAAGGUGACGGACUUGCGCAUGAUCGGUGCCUGCCAUGCCUCACGCUUCCUUCACAUGAAAGUGGAGUGUCCCAACGAGCUGUUCCCCCCCCUGUUCCUGGAGGUGUUCGAAGACUGACCAGCAGGGGGCGCUGGCCUGGCCUUUGUGUGUGUGUGUGCAUGUGUCUGUCUGUACGGAUGGAACCAGCAAACCGCCCCAACUCUCCACUCUGAGCACUACUGACUUCAUUCCGUAGAGUAGAGGAGUAGCUCUCUGGUCAGGACACCAACCAUUCCCUACAGUGCGGGUACAUGUGAAUAGCACUUGUGUUGUUGUCUUUUUGUUUUACCGGAUUGUUUUUCGUUGUUUCAGAUAUAACCUCUCACACCUCGGAUUUGAAAAUAGUUUUAUUUUGUGUGUCCAUGAUUGUACAGUCGGUGUAUUUUUUGGUGAUUUUUUUUUUUUAGACACUUAACUAGAAACCAUGCAAUUUCUUCUCCGUCGAUUUUAAAAUGGCUGCUCAAGUGACUCAUUUUUAGCAACCAAAUCUCUUUCCCGCCUGCUUACUGUUGGUUAAUAGCCGUUAUAUAUAAUACAACUCUGUGAAUGCAAAUUUGAUGUAGUUUCACACCAGUACAACGUAUCCUCCAAAACCAGUCAACCCUCACGUAAACCUCAGUACCGUAACACACAGGUCGCUAUGAAUCUCAAAAUUAAAUGUUAAAAGUUAGACAGCAUAGUCCGUUCCCAAUGCAAGCAUGUUAGAUUCUGUUCAAUGCAUGCACUGUUAACACUACAUAACCGUACUCAACAAAUGAUCCAAGCCUCACCGACUCGUAAAAAUGGUAGACAUGAUUGAAUGUUGUGUCCAAAUUCACUUGUUCCUACGUUAGACUAUUUUUGUUGUGCUUUCAAACAUUUAUUUUUUGUUCAGCUAACUUCCUUUGACAGAUUCCUUCCGUCCAGAGUUGCUAUUGUAAACCGUCUCCAUACGUAUUAGGGACGGGACAAGACUCAGUUUUUUAAGGUCAGACAAGAUUUUGUCCACGAGAACGACACAGGACGAGAGUUUGACGUAAUUCGAAAUAUAUACGUUGUGCGGUUCAAUUUCCAAUGUUGGCCUCACAAUAUAUAUUUUUUAAUUUUAUAUUUUUAAUGCCUUUCUAGUACUGCUUUUUGGAACAAUAAAAAUGUAACUCGCCAACACGUGACCCUAUUUCGCCCAAUCCGAACAAAAGCAUAUGGAAAGAAAACCUUGCAAGAUCAGUUUCUCGUAUGUGCAAAAUCUCGUGGCAGUUUUGUCUUGAGAGAUCUCGUGGCAUGAGAUCUUGUCCAGUCCCUAAUACGUAUAAUGCUGUCUUACAUUUUAGCAAAAAAAAAAAAAAAAAACUUCUUCACAACAUCCUGGUCUUCCUCUUGGCCUCACGCCCGGCAGCUUAAAGCCUCAUUUUACCCGUUUUCACUAACGUUCUUCUGUUAUCCAUAGCAGCUACAAAACCUUAAGUACUCCUCAUUAUGUCCAGAGAGAACUUAAACAUGUUUGCUACCUCCAGCUCUCCCUCCUGUCCAUCCCACUCUCUGAACCAAGCGUCUCCAACCUGUUUCUAUGGACCUACAUUUGGACCUGACCAGUCGCGAAAGCUUAGUCGAAUUUGUAGUACAUUACUUUUGGAUUACUGUUUCAUAAGUACUGAUAUGUGGAAUAAGUAUAUAAGGAAUUUUAAAGGUGCACUAUGUACCUUUCCGAUGGGGGUUGUCUCCACGGAGAUGUCAUUGGUUUGCCUGGAAUUUUCCGCAGUAUAGCAUUAAACCUAUCUAUUUAUCUAUGCUCUAACGUACAUUGAAAAAGAUGCAUUGUUACUGUGACCGGGUUCUCUGUCCAAUGUCCACAGAUCUGACCUGUAAUUUGGCCAUAGGGAUUGAUAAAUUUAAUGCCAUACUGUGGAACAUGCAUGGCAAACACAUGGUGCACCAUCUACGAGAAACGUUACACAUCUUUUACUGAAUAACAAAUGAUGCAAACAAACUUCGAGCCCCUUGUUGUCGCUAAUAUAACCAGUAAUGCGUCUGUACCAUGUUUCAUCGACCAGCGCAGCCUAAAUAGACAUGGAUCCUCAAAUUUUGUGCAAUCGAACAAGUGAUUUUGGACACAGCUACCGACUUGUAAUACAAAAGUAACCGAGAGAGUUGCUAAUGUGCUUUGCUAACCGAUAACAGAUCCCAGAUACCAGAACAGUGUUGCAUUCGACUGUGCAACUGCUCCAUUACUGAAAGGCGCGAUAAAUGAAUCAUCUCUCCAUCUGCUCACGUUGCAUAAAAUCUGUCCGAGCCAACGACAACUAGCAAAAGGCUUGACACGAAAAGGCGAUAUAGCGUUAGUGUUAACCCAUUUGACGUUGUGAGUUUCUGAGCACUAUUUAAAGCACAUAAAAGACUCCGAUGUCAGGAAAAAGACAAUCAUUCAGUCUCGCGCUCUGUUGUUUCUGUGACAAUGAAACAUACCGUGCCAAAAUCCGAGAGUUGUGUGUGUGCCCCCUGCAGGCUGUCGGAGCACGAUCACACUCAGAGGAGCUGUCGGGCCGAGACACUUACAAAGUCCUGUCAAGGUCGUGUCGUGUCUGUCGUCGCAACACAAGUCAUUCACAUGUUUGUUUGGUUUUCUACAACUGUUCAAGCACAGGGGUCAUACAAAGUGACGUCAUGGUGCUACGUGGGUUAGGAUAUGCGAUCAUUUAAUAUGCAUUCAAGUGUUUUACAGUGGCAUCGCAAAUACUCAAAUACUUGGGAUGGAUAUUAUUGAUAGACAAAGUGCUUGUGAUAAUUAUGAAGGAAUCUCAAAUACGUUUUUACAGAUUAUGUAACGAUGAUAAAGGAAAAUAUUUUGGGUUUAUGCAAAAUGUAUAACCAGUUUGUCCAUUAUUUAACCCUUCCUGUCUUCAACUGGUUCAAUUAAGACAUUUUAAUCUUUGACCUACCUAAAAUUCCUAUCUUUAAAGUAGUUAAAAGGGACAUUAAGGGAGAUGUAUCAUGGAGAAAAAUAUAUAUAUAGAUAUCCAGAAUGAUUUCUCUGUAUUUUCUAUACAGAUUGAUAUCAGUCUGGUCCUCCAUUGUGUCUCAAGCACAGACAAACAUGAUGAUGUCCAAUCAGAUUUUUUCAGUGACACAAACGAAGGAGCUCAUCGGUCACUGGAUUUACGCAUAAAAUCUAAAAUCCGCAGAAAUCCACAAUGUUUUUCAGCCCAGUGUGAUGCAUGCCUUCAAUUGGCUAAUCCACCUGUCAAUCAAUCACGGCCAUUUGAAAACUUAGAUUCACCGAUGACCAGACUCAAAUCUUUGUAAAGUAAUGAAGAAGUGUGUGUUCUGGAUCCCAGGCAAGAACUACCUAAAAUGUAAGUGUAAUUGUAUUUAUUUGAGUAGCUUUAGUUGUUAUUAUUAUUAUUCACCCAAUUUCACAAAAAUAUACAAGCCCAAUUUCACAAAAAGACACAUUUUUAUAUAAAUUUUGUGUCUCGAGAACCACUGUUUUAGAUCAGAAUUCAAUAAUCACUAAUUUAGCACAUUAACAGGUCUCCUUAAACUCGUACAGAAAAAGUAAGUAUGAGAUCAAUGCGUUGUUGUUGUUGUCUUGCCUAUCAAUAAUAUCAUGUCAAUAAUAUCAGUAUACACAAAAAGGGUAGUUCAUACGUCAUACUUACUGUUUUCCUUUAUGUUCAGAUCUUGGCCCACCACUGUGACGUCCUGGUGGGAGAUUGUGGCCAAAAAAAUGAAAGACAAAACUGUAAUUUGUCUGGGGAAUUUUGUCAAACUGUAGCGCUUUUACUUUCCCUGAUUUGCUCCCUUGUUUCAAUUGGAUUUUCUGUAUGAUCUCGCCGUAUGCAAUGUGACAUCCACGGGCUUUGUAAAAUGUCACCCAUACACUACUUGGCCUACUUACUUUCUCCUUUUCUGUGAAGUGAUGCCUUUUAAUCCAAGCAAUAGAUUUCGCUGCAGUGUUUGAACGAGCCGGACCUCACGUACACACACCUCCUGUACAGACUAAAUAAAUGCACAGACAAUCAGAGGGAGAGAGGCAGGUGGGGGCGGGACGGGCACCUGCACGGGACACCUGGCAGAGGGGGCAUUGAUCACGGUUAUGGACAUCUGAGGUUAGCUUCUUCAGAUGUUAGCGUGUUUACAGGAGUCGUCAAAACCUGAGUCUGAGCCACCUUUUUAUUAAACAAGGUCUUAGAGGAGCUGCGAGAAGUGUGCUGCGUAAGUUUACUCGACCUUUGGCUGACCUCUGCGUUGGUUGCUCAUUGGUUGAUCAAAAGAACAAGCAUAGUCGUCACAAACUUUGAUUGGAUUAUAUAAGAACAAAGUGAUUUCUUGUAAAGAAAAUUAAAAAAGUGUAGCUUGAAGGUUUUUCUUGUGGAAAUUUCGGCAAAUCAAAUGUUAACUGACUAUAAGUGUUAUUAUGUGGAUAUGUAUUAACAAAACUGCGGUUGCCCGAUCAGUAACCAAUCAGAGGUCAAAGUUAAUGGUUUGUGUUAAUGCCACUAAUAAAAUUUAUAAAAAUUAAACAUCAUUGACAAUAGCUUCUCCAAACUUGAUCUCUACACUCUUGAAUAGAUGUAGACUACAUGCUUCAUUAUCUCAGUGGCCCUUUGGACCAAAAGUCCCAGGAACUAACCUCAGGAACUAAAUCAGGUCGCCUCCGUUUGGUUUUCACUGCAUCUCGAGACCUGUGUGUAGCCUCAUGAAUCAGGUUAGCAUGUUAGCUAAGCAUAGCUAAGUGUAUUAGUGACAGAAAACAUUACUCUCAGUUACUCAAUAGAUACAAUUUACUGCAUGACCCACACUUACCUCUUCAGACCGUAGACUAGACUCAGGAGUUCAGUAAAGCUGUCACAGUAUUACUCUUCAUGCUAACUGCCAUAAGACUAUUGAUGCUGACAGUCUGAACACAUCUGUAUUAUUUUGACCAAUAAAAUCCGUUCAGUACUGUUCAACCAAUAGCUGUUCGUUAGUCUCGGCACACUCCUCUACCUCAGGCGCAGAAAAACAAGAACGUGGAGCUAACUAAUGUUAGCGCAUGACGUUCCUCUAAUCUUGGAAUGAUUUAGGUUCCUGGAAAACUCCACAUGCAGAACAAGGGCCGUUCUGAGAGUCACGGCAACAUAAACAUUAUAAGCUUUGCAUUUGUGUUAUGUAUUUAUCUUUAAUUCUGAUGUUUAAACAAAGGCAGCAAAUUGAGAUUGACAUGUUGGUGCUCUUAAAGGGCCUGUGCCUGAGUUUAAACCAUGAGUUUAACCAUAGUUUGAACUUUUAGCCUCACCCUCUUAGUAUUUUGUGCAACUGUGAUAUUGCUCAGUGACACAGAAACGACUGUAAGGGAUAGUUUUGUGCAGUUUUUACAUAUAGUUCUGUAUUCUCUGCCUACUAUUUGCUUUUUCACUCUUGGACAUGAACUAUGACAGAGAAUCAAGUGUCUGGGAUAGUGCAGGCAGUGUCCAGUGAUUCUUAGUUUAAAUCUGUGGUGGGAUGAAAAGAGGUGACUCUGUCGGGAGCUCUAUAUUACCCAAGAAAAUUCUAUAUAAAAUGAAUAGAUUAUAUGUUUUUUUAUUACCAUACAAUACUUCCUGUCUCUAAGGGAGCGCCCAAGGGAGCUUAGUCACACAGGAGGAGCUCAGAGUAGAGCCGCUGCUCCUCCACAUUGAGAGGAGCUGAGGUGGCUGUUCCGGUUCUGGGAAUCUCUUUUGGAGAGGUGUUCUGGGCAUGCCCCACCGGGAGAGGGAUCCAGGGAAGACCCAGGACACUCUGGAGGGACUAUUAUCUCUUGGCUGGUCUGGGAACCCCUCGGGAUCCCCCCGGAGGAGCUGGAGGCAGUGUGUGUGUGGAAAGGGAACUCUGGGCAUCCUCACUGCUGCCUCUGUGAUCUGGCUCUGGAUAAAGUGGAUGGAGACCGUACAAUAUCAUACUGUAAAGAGCAAUUAUCUUGACAAGAAUAAAUUGAACUCAGGUACAGGCCCUUUAAUUUUGAUGUAUGCAAAUGGACGUAUAGUUUGACCCAUACAAAUAAUGCACAGUAAAAAGAACAGUUUAUGGUUGGGUGUGUAUUGGUUAAUUGUUUGUUAUAUAGUCUAUAGAUGCAUUACUUAUGUCAAAGGGUUUUAUAAAUAGUUCAAAUUCAUAGCAUUGAGGUAAAACUUUUAUGAGAAAUUUUUUUAAAUGGAUUAGCUUAUUUAUUUAUGCUAACAUGGCCAUAUUGUUACUGUGCGUAAACUGAUCAAUGCCUCCCUCCAAGUUUCACUGUAUCGUCUUGAAACGGUGCCUUUGUCCCUCCCAGUUUGUUACACUUGGUUUCUCAGUUACAAACUAUAACAAUGUGCAUCAUAGAAAACAUAUUUUACCACACAACGGAAUAUGGAUGUAUAUUUUCAGACUGCAGAUUUUUUUUACAGAUGUUGUUAGCAUAAUAUGUUUUGCAAAGCGUUAAAAUAAAAAAAAAAAACGAAUAAAAACUUGCUCUAAUACAAAGUAGCAAGAUUUGAAAAAGUAUUGCAGUAGUCGGACUUCACUAAUGAUAAGCAGCACAAUGACACAUAACAAUACCAGCAUUUAUUUACGGAAAAAAAAUUCAUUCACGUCAACACCGACUUCUCUCCUCGUGUGCUUGAGUGUCCUCGUUCAACUCCGUUCAUCACCCACUGGAAAACAAAGAGAGACAGCCGUGAGAACUGUGUGUCCAGACUGGUGUUUGUGCUAGCUAGCGAAACCGAAAAACUAAAUGCAAAACAGUCCAAAAUCCAGCGCCUUGCACUCACUUCGACUGGGGAGCGCUGUCCGCCAAUCAGUCGACUCAGGGCGGCGUCCCGACUGAAUGUGGAAGUCUUUUGAGAAUUUUGAAUUGUGACAAUGAAUGAGUGAAUGACGCUAAUGUGAACUGGAUGUUGAGAAUAAAGAUGGUUUUGAGAAA